UGAUAUGAUCGUGUGGGGAGCAGCCUGUGGCAAGAAAAAUGGCUGGUUUGUGACUUUAUCAACCGGGUUUAGAUAGACCUGAACAGAUCUUGGUUUUUGUCCUUGAGAUGGAAAACCCUAGAAUGGACCAAUCGUCCAUAAGAAAGCCAUGGUUUCUACUUUCCCAAGCGAAUUGUGAAACGCCUCUUGUUCAAGCAUCCUUGAGACCAGCCGAUCCAACGGAAUUGAGAACGAUCUUUAAUAAGUAUGCCACAGUGGAAAAGGAUGAUGAAAAAUUUAUGACACCAGUAAAUCUCAUCCGAGACUAUCUUGGAAUGCAGAAGGUAGAGGAGUACAAUGAAACAACUUUGAAUCUUCUUGCUGGAUGUGUCGACCAAACUAAAGAUGGCUUAAUCUCAUUUAGUGAAUUCUUGGCAUUUGAGGCUUUGCUGUGUAACCCAGGUGCUCAACACAAGAUUGUUUUUCAACUUUUCGAUCUGGAUGGGAAAGGAUCAGUGACAUUUGAUGAGUUUGAAAAUGUUAUCAAGAAGACAACCUUUUUCAGCAAAAUAAACUUCAAUUUUGACACUGAGUUUGUCAAGACAUAUUUUGGGGUUGACAAAAAAGCCCAUGUUCGUUUUGAUGACUUUUCACAUCUGCUACAGGAUUUGGAGAAAGAGUACCAAAGACAGGCUUUUUUCCAAAGUAAAAUGCCUGAUGGUGAAAUAACUGCUGUAAAAUUUGCAGAGAUAAUGAAAGUUUUACGAGGGCACAAGCUGUCUCCAUUUGUCAGAGAGUACCUUCUGACAGCUGUGAGUGGAGAAGGUGGAUACCGUGUAAGCUAUGGUUAUUACAGAGCAUUCAACAUAAUGUUAGAUCAUGCGCAAGUUCUCCAUGACAUGGCAAUCAAGGCUGCAAAAGGGAACCGCUUUAAAGAACUUAAGAAAGCUGACAUCUUAAAUGAGGCCAAAGCUGAUGCUGAGAUCACACCUCUUGUUAUUGACAUUCUUUUUCAUCUGUGUGACUUGGAAAACAGGAGAGGCCGGAUCACAGUGUCAGAUGUGCAUCAGAUUGUUCCGCGCCGAGAUGUGUUUAAAGUUUUCUCGACGGAAAGAAUUGAAGAGGAGCAGAUGAUAAUUAAACCAAAAGAUGAAGAAGUUUCGGCCUUAUGGAAAGCCGUGGAGCAGGUUUAUCGAUUUGGACUUGGUUCUAUUGCUGGAGGUUUGCUGCCUCAGAUUGUUGGAGUUGCCCCUGAAAAGGCCAUUAAAUUGACGACCAACGACUUUGUUCGUGACGUGUUUCGUGAUAAAGACGGAUUUAUAAGCUUGCCUCUUGAGAUCGUAGCUGGUGGAUGUGGAGGAGCUGCCCAAGUUCUCUUCACCAAUCCUCUAGAGAUUGUGAAGAUCAGGUUACAGGUCGCUGGAGAAGUUGGAGCUACGGGUAAAGAUAAGGUGACGGCGUUGAGGGUCAUCAGGGAACUGGGACUUACAGGACUUUACAAGGGUGCGCGAGCUUGUUUUUUAAGAGACAUUCCAUUUUCUGGUAUUUAUUUCCCGGCUUACGCUCAUCUAAAGCUUCACUUCACAGAUGAAAAUGGCCAUGUUGGUCCUGGCGGACUUUUUGUGUCUGCAAUGAUGGCUGGAGUCCCUGCCGCAGCCCUGGCUACUCCAGCUGACGUCAUCAAGACUAGAUUACAGGUGAAAGCUCGGUCAGGGCAGCAGACGUAUCGAGGGGUUUUUGAUUGCUUCAGGAAAAUACGGAAGGAGGAGGGAGGCAGAGCCUUUUGGAAAGGAACAGGAGCGCGAGUUUUCAGAUCCUCGCCUCAGUUUGGGGUCACUUUGCUCACAUAUGAACUUCUUCAGAGAGUGUUUAAAGUGGAUUUUAGCGGAAAGGGAGUAAUACUACAUGAAGCCUGGAGUGAAAAAAGAUCCUAUAAUCCAGAUAUUUCCUUGCAUCCAGACCACAUCGGUGGCAUGAGAAUGGCUGUGGCCUCGUUUGCGGGCAUUGAAACCAGGUUCGGUUUAUGUUUACCCAAGUUCACACAUGCAGCAGCCGAGAAGAAAGCUAAAUAAAAAUUACCGCUGAGGAAAAGGAAAGGUAGAAGACAUUAACGGAAUCCGACGGAGCGGAUGAAAAAGGAAUUGCUGAAAAGUUUAAUCAUCUGUAGUAAUUGUUACUCACACUUGUGCGCGUUAUUCACACGUUCUUCACACGUGGAUCGUUUGUGUCUUGUUUGAUCUGCAGAAAAAGCUAAACUUGCGCACUUGAAUGAACAGCAGCAUGUAAGAUGCACGAAUUUUGAGAUUUAAUCGGAACCGUAUCAAGCAAACCCUCUUGGAACGUGGCGUUAGGAAAGUGUAAAGUACUUUUCAUAUUAUCUGUCCUUUGAAUGCUAUCUUAUCUUGCAAGGGGAAAAUUUUUGUGGGAAUCCUAGAACAAACCUUGUUGACUCAAUUUACAGCUUUAUAUUGCGGAUUGUAUAGUUCAAACAACCUGUCUUUUCUUAUUAGAAGUUUAAAUAAUUAAUUGCAGAGGAUUAUAACACAUCGAUUGGAUUCAAAUUUUUAGAAUUCAAGUUCAGUAAUGUGGCAAAUAUAAUCAUCAAUUCGUUCGACAAAAGACUUUCAGAAACUGCCCAAAUAUCGUAUAAAUAACGUCUUGAUUGACACAUACUAGCAGAUGCUGGCGUACAUAGUCGCGCCGAGCACGAUAUUAUUUAUUAGGAGGCUUUCAAGAUCCAUGCGAGAGCGAACUUUUUAAAUAUAAUGGAACGAAACCAAAGCUCGACAAUGUCGGAUUCUGAUGUGAUCGUUUUGUGUCGGGCCAGGGGGGUGACUAAUGUAGAUCCAGGGGUCUGAUUUGGGGUCGAGGUUACUAUCAGAAAAUAUACAUCAAAAUAUUUUUUAUGUUUGAAUCUAUUGUAAUUUUGUCAAAGAAUGCGUGGAAGCUGAGUUAUUGAAAUACAAUUUAACGGACGCUGGUCUUCUUGUUUGAA